AUGACCAGCACCAGCCGCCGAGACCUCGAUGUACAAGUCUUGACACCCCCCGCGACUCCGGCGGUCCUUGUAGCGCCGGUCUCGACUUUCGAAGGGACGCCACAAAUCGCCUGCGACGAGCUCAGCAAGACGGUUGCGGUGGAGGAGGAUAUCGUGGUGGACUGGGAGGUGUUGCUGGGAGGAUGUAUGGACGAGACUGGCCCGGCACAGUUGGAUGCGGUGGAGUUGGAGCGCUUGCUCAGUGCUGAAGGACCUUGGACCGAUAACGCAUCCAGCGGGCAAGCCGGCGCAGUCCUUCCCGACCUACCAAUCCCGUUCUCCGCCUUCGACUCCUCCUCGACCCUCUCUAACUUCUCCGCUACGCCCGCCACCACCUUCAUUGACUCUCCCUUCGCUUCUUCUGCGCUCAUUACGCCCGCUACGACCAUCGACUUCCCGCCAACUCCAGCUCUCACGCCCUCGACCGACUUCUCUCCAACUCCCUCAACCUCGACAUCCACCGAUCAACCCGUCCGCCGCGUCCGAGUCUACUGGACAGCGCAGGAAGACGAGUUGCUGAUGAGCGUGAAGGAGGCGCCGGUGAAUCGGAAGUUGUCGUGGGUUGCGAUUGCGAGGAAGGCGGGAUUGGGUCGGACGGGGAAGGAGUGUAGGGCGAGGUAUCUGAUCUUGAAGGACAAGCGGGACUUGCGACGAGCGGAACACGAAGCGAGUCCGCCAGAUGCAGCAGCUUUCCGUCCAGCACCACGCCAGCGCUACCUUUAUUCAGCAGCCGACGACGCCCAUCUCCUCUCGCUCAUCCUCUCCAACACCCGAGUUGACUGGAGCGCGGUGGGCAAGUCGCUCGACCCGCCACGAACGGGCGAUAACUGCUAUCAGCGGGCUAGCAAGCUAAGGCGGAUGAAGGCUGCGGAGGCGAAGGCGCGAGAAGCGAAGGAACGGCAGGAGGUUGUUGAAGCAAUGAGUGCGGAGCGGGCGGCCGCGAGGGAGCAGCCGCCAGACGCAGUGUGCGGACAGCGCACUCUGGAGGAGCUGGGCUUGGCGUGGUUGGCGAAUCUGGCGACGGAAACUUAG